AUGUCCUCGAUCAUCGACUACCUCGGGCCCGUCGAUCUUAUCCGUGUAGCUCGCUCCUGCAAGCUACUUCACGAGAUGGCCUAUGACGAUACCCGGUGGAUAGGACGUCUGAAGCGAAUUGGUUGUUGGGACGAAUCAGACGCGCGAAGACACAUUGAAGAGGCUUAUGGGACUAUUGCGGACGUUGAUACUGUCGCACGGCUAGAAGCUGCGGACCAGGAGGCUGGCCUGAUCCCUGCAAUCAAGGUUCAGAAGGACAUUAGCGAUAUUUCUGACGGGUUCGACAAGAUCGAUAUGAGCAAUACUGCUCCUGCAACCGAUCUAUUGGAAGCAACUGCCGAUGACCCCGUGCUGGACGUCUUAAAACAGGCUAGGUCCAUUCGCGGUGAAGCUCGCCAGGAGUAUGGAAAGAUUCAUGCCGCAUUGGCACCCUUCUACGACAACAUUAGCCGUAAUGGGCCCUCGACCGAGAACCUUGUCUUUACCCAAUAUAAGGAUCCACUGGCACAGGCUAAGAUUCUGGCACAGUUAUUGAAAUUCUCGAGAUGCGACUUGACUACAGGUUGGGCCGAGAGAGUCGACCGUCUUGAACGCGCGAUAUCGAUGUUUGAAACUGCCGCAUUGAAUGAAUUCCGCAAUGCAUAUGAAAAGGAUGAUAUUGAUGACACGAUGCGCAAGUAUGCCCACAUUUUAUGGACACUCAAUGGCGGAAGCUCUUCCAUCGAUCUGUUCAUCGAAUACAAUCAUUUGAUAACGCGCAAGUCCCAAUUGGGCAGCGUGGCUGAUUGCAUUGAUAGCUCGAGUCAAAUUAAGACUCAGCAAACCCAAGCCUUUUUUACGCGCUUGAGCGUUGCCUAUAAUGAAGAGGUGUCAAUCAUGAACAGGAUAUUUCCGUCUUCUUUGGAUGUGGCAACUCCGUUCAUGGAGAAGGUCGGACAAGAUGUCCUCUUUCCAUUUCUAACCACUAUCUUCGAUGAGCUUCACCAGAGAAACUUGGAUUCAUAUCUCACGGCAAUCUCUGUUACGUUCAUACAGUGCAUGAAUCUCUCCGAGUCAUUGCUACCAAUUCGGAACUCGGGGGACAAAUUUGACCAGUACCUUGAUUCUGUGGUAUGCAAGAUAUACGAGCCGCAUAUCGAUCUAUAUCUAGCUGAGGAGCUUGAUAACUUCCGCAGGAUCUCUGAAGCCACUGUGUCUGAGUGGGACCGUCAGCUUUCGGAGCAGGCUGCGUCGACGGAAUCUUUCUUGAUGUCUAAUGUGAACCGACAGGCGGACAAGCGCGACUUUUUGACCUCCUUCAAGAAAGUAAUCAUGAUGCCGGUGAACAUUCUUCCUAGCUUCGGUACGAAGACAGAAGCCAAGUCGGACGCCGAGACGAAUGGGAAUCCUGUCGCAUUCAAAAGCCCGAACCGGUUCUCCACAAUCUCAUCGCCUGCAACACCAGUCAUUGAGGAAGUACCGACCACUGAACUUGCGGCCAAGGCGGCGAUCAUGAAAACCAAGAUGGAAGGCAUCCGAUCCCUGUUCAGUAUCGAGAUUGCACUGAGUCUCGUUCACUCCGCCAAGUCCAGUCUGGAGAGAGCUGCGCAGUUUGUUCGGCUGGGCGGAGAAUUUGGACGGGCCGCAAAGCAGCAGUGCGAGGCUAUCUUUGUGGAGCUUCUCCGUACCCUAGGCCAACGGCAUGUGAUCAUUGGUUUCGACAAAGCUGUCGAUCACCUUUCGAAUUAUCGGCCGCGUGAGCAAGAUGAGCGUGAUUCAUCCGGAGUUGAGCCUCUGGUGACUUUCUUAGAGCUGGUCAAUGUGGGCGAUCUGAUUUUGCAGAUGGUGGACGUUUUUUACGAGCAAGAACUGAUCGGUACAAGGCUGACCGACCGGAAUGAUUUCCUCGAUCCGGCCGUGAAAGAAAAGAAAAAGUUUGAGCAAAUGCUUGAUGAGCGCGUGGCAGCUGGAUUGAACAAAGGUAUUGAUGUGCUCAUGGAAGAAGUGGAUUACAUUCUUGCGACGCGACAAUUAGCUACGGAUUUUAAUCCUGGCAUCUCGUCCGAUCCCCGUCGGCAAACCAUGGAUGUGAGUCUCAGUGAAGCUGCUAUAGCAGUAGUGGAUGUGGUGUCAUCGCAUACCCAGAUGCUUGUGGGGAGUACCGACAAGAGCACGCUGGAUGUUUUCAACCAAGAGGUCGGACUUCGUCUAUUCACUGCCUUGUGCAAGCAUCUCAAGCGGCAGCGGAUCAGCGUGGAAGGGUCUCUAAAGCUGAUCAGGUAUGUUCCGUUCCAAGCGAAAUGCCGGCUUUGCUAA